AGCUGACGCAGCCGCGACAAUGUGCGCCAGUCGCGCGCGGGGGCGGGGACUCGCCGCAAAACUGGGUCGCUCGCGAUGUGUUGUCAAGUUCAAGGCUACGUCGAAGGGGGAGUGGGCUUCCGAUCGACCAUAGAUGGCGUUGUACGAUUCGAAAAAUUUCGCGAGAGGAGGUGUUGGGGUGUGCGGGGAGGGCACGCGGGAACGAAUUUUCGGUGCAACACACGACACGACGCUGCACUCGUGUGUCGAACGUCGCGACGCGCAGUUCUCUAACGUGACAUUGCACCCGAAUAUUAAGUCGACCUGAUAGAAGCCGACAUGGACUGGAUGGAGAUGGACGACGUGGUACAGAUGAUGUCGGCGGUGAGCGGGGAACCGUUGUUACGCAGAGUGAAGCAGGAAGCCGAGCCACCGCCGCAAUACUCUCCUUCAGAGCAACACCGACCCAUGCAGCUCUUGGAGCCGUGUAAUCUUGAACUAGAACCUAAAGAAGAAGUCAGGUUCUGUGUGUCACCCGGUGAGGGUGGUAUAGUGGGCAAUACGAGCCCGGAACAGCAACACUGUUCGUCGACAACAGCUGCAGCAGCGAGCGGCGCCAGAGAUGAUGAUGCGCCGCGCAGACUUUGUCUCGUGUGUGGGGAUGUGGCUUCGGGCUUCCACUAUGGUGUCGCCAGCUGUGAAGCGUGCAAGGCGUUUUUUAAGAGAACCAUACAGGGCAACAUAGAAUACACGUGUCCGGCGUCGAACGAGUGCGAGAUAAACAAGCGGAGGAGGAAGGCGUGCCAGGCGUGCCGGUUCCGCAAGUGCCUGCGGACCGGCAUGCUGCGCGAGGGCGUGCGCCUGGACCGCGUGCGCGGCGGGCGGCAGAAGUACCGGCGCGCGCCCGACCAGCCCGCCGCCAACCAGCCGCGCCCGCAGCUCGACGAGAUCAAAGUGUUAGAAGCUCUGUCGUCUUACGAGCCUGAAUUACUCACAUGUGGUGCUCCGCCGCCGGGCGUGACGGACCCGACGGCCAGGACGUUGGCGCUGCUAGCGGACAUAUACGACAGAGAGCUGGUGGGCGUCAUCGGUUGGGCGAAACAGAUUCCCGGCUUCACGGACUUGGCGCUUAAUGAUCAGAUGCGGCUGCUGCAGAGCACGUGGGCGGAGAUGUUGAGCCUGAUGGUGGCGUAUCGCUCGAUGUGCGCCGGCGGCGCGCCUCGCUUGCGCUUCGCGGCCGAGCUCGCGCUGGACGAGCAGCAGGCGCGGGACCUCGGCGCACACGACCUUUACCUGCAGAUAGCGGGCGUGUCGCGGCGGCUGGAGCGCGCAGGCGCGCACCGCGAGGAGUGCUACCUGCUGAAGGCGCUGGCGCUCGCCAACUCCGAGGCGCGCAUCGACGAGCACUCCGCGCUCAAGCGCUUCCGGGACGCCAUCCUCGCCGCGCUCAACGACGCCGUCUCCGCGCUCAGGCCGUACAACAACGCGAACACGGCGAUGCAGCAGCUGCUGCUGGUGCUGCCGGCGCUGCGGCUGGCCGACGUGUCGGUGCGGCGCUUCUGGGCCGGCGUGCACCGCGAGCGUCGCGCUCCCAUGAACAAGCUAUUCGUGGAGAUGCUGGAGGCCUGCCUGCGGUAGGCGCCCCCCCCACAUAUCACAGUGGCGUUGUCGAUGGAUUCGUUUGCCAUAUUUAAGUCUGCAUUUAGCGGUUCGGACGUGAUGUGAUAGUGUAUAUAUAUUUAUGUUUCGGCGGUCGACGUCUGUUUUAUGGCUGUGAAGUGGCGGAUCUUGGAAUUUUCGAAAUUCUGACUUUUCUCUGAUGUUGCACGACGUCGCGUCCCCGCGUCUUAUGUACAAAACGAUGGACGGAUCUAGUACAAAACUUGUUACUAUUUUUGUAUAAUAUUAAAAAUAUAUCUAGUUUUACGGUUUGGUGAAGUUUCGAGAUUAAAAUACGGUCGAGGAAAGAAUCGGAUUAGUCUGUCGGUAGCUGCUUACGUGUGGGUGAUGUUAUUGAAGUCGUUCGAAGUGUAUGGCAUGUAAAUAAUUCGUCGUAUUAAAUCUAACGCCGCUGUAUAGUGUAACCAUUUCGCGGCAAAGCCGAUAAAGUAUAUUAUAAAACGUAGUGGCAUUUUUUCCCCGACUGUAAAUUACUUGUGAAUUUCAUACGCGGUAGCCGUAUUCGGCUUUUCUAUUUGUUUUAACGUUUAUUUCGUACGAAGUACGUUUUACACUUUAUUCACUGUUGUCGGUG